AUGGUGAGAGGUAAGAUCCAGAUCAAAAGAAUCGAGAACCUGCCGAGCAGGCAAAUCACAUUCUCCAAACGUAGGAAAGGUCUCUUAAAGAAAGCUCACGAGCUUUCAGUUCUAUGCGAUGCUCAAGUCGCAGCCGUUGUCUUUUCUCAGAAGGGAAGAUUAUAUGAUUUCUCAAGCUCCGAUAUGCAGAAGAUGAUGGAGAAUUAUGAGAUAUAUAGGAGAGAGUAUUUUGGGACAGAGAGACUACAAAAACGGCAAUAUGUGCAGGAGCUCAAGAACGAAAUGGCUACCAUGUUGGACAAGAUUGAAAUUCUUCAACUUCAAUGCCGGUCACUGAUGGGGCAAGAUUUGGAUUCGUGUUCGGUGGAGGAACUCAAGGAGAUAACUAUCAAAAUUGAGAAAAGCCUUACUAUUGUCAGAUCAAGGAAGGCUAAGUUACAUGAAGAUACAAUAGAGAAACUAAAAGCAGAGAUUUCUGAAGAAAAAGAGGUCUUGAACGAGACAAAUGGUCUUCGGAAAAUGUUUGAAGAACCGACCUUGUGGAUGCACUCGAGGAGUGUAGAGAGUGAGAAGAGUGGACCAUCUUGUAGUAAUGGAAACAUGAACAUAUCGGAUGUACAAACUGACUUGUCCAUUGGAUUGCCUGAAAGUCGUGAGUGA